GAUCUUUCCACAUAGUUGUCUAACUUUUUAGCCUGCAAGCCAGCCUCCUCUUCUUUUUCUGUUGACUUUAUUUGAUCGUCUUACUUAUAAGUACUGGCUUGGUUCUAAUAAUGGAGAAUUAUCAAAUGUUCUUUCCUAUCUCAUCAUCCCCAGCAGCAGCAGCAGAAGCGUAUCAUCUGCCAACAAACAUGGCACCUAAUAAUUCUCAAGUUUUUAACAAUUUUCAUGGGGAUGGCUCAAAUGGUUUCUUGGGUUUGAAGACUGCAGAAAAUUUUGUCCAGAAACCAGGAGUUAAAGAACUUGUUCAGAUUGGGAAAUUUGUUGGGUCUGAAACUGAGAUGAAAUCAGGUAAAAAACAGGAAAAGAAGAUUAGGAAACACAGAUAUGCUUUUCAAACAAGGAGUCAGGUUGAUAUACUUGACGAUGGAUAUCGUUGGAGGAAAUAUGGGCAAAAAGCUGUUAAGAGCAACAAAUUUCCAAGAAGCUACUACCGAUGCACACAUCAAGGAUGCAAUGUAAAGAAGCAAGUCCAACGUCUAACCAAAGAUGAAAGUGUCGUUAUGACUACUUAUGAAGGGAUGCACUCUCAUCAAAUAGAGAAGGCAACUGACAAUUUUGAACACAUCUUGAGUCAGAUGCAUAUUUACACCCCUUUUUGAAGCCCAUCAUCAUCCAUCCAUGCAUAUAUAUAGAGCUAGAUGAAAUGAUGUAUGCCUUAGUAAAGACAUACGAAUCUUGAAUUCAAUCCUUCCAUAUGAAAUAAUAGUUGUAAAACCCGUAAUUUAUUUCUGUUGGUACAUGUAGUCACUUUUAAAAUAUGUUGUUUAGUAGGUAUGAGAUUUAAAACUCAUCACUUAUGAUUCCUUUCCUUAUCUUUUGAUUAUGAUUUCCUUUGUAACAAAAAAAGUUUCAAUCUUAGUAAAGGUGUUUUUUUUUUUCCUUUUCUUAUGCUUAAUUAGUUAGGAAAUGGGAGGGAAAUUCAAACCUGAAACCUCAUUUUUGGAGGUAAUUAAUGGUAGGACAUAUUUAGACCUUGUGUAUUUGCAAUGUUAAAGAAUUAAUCAUAUUCUUGAGGCAAUUUUUAUUCAUCGUUUUUA